CGCUCUAGCCUCGCUCGGGGAAUCCGCCGUCCUCACCUUGUCCCGGAGCCCGCGCACGGUCCUCCGCAGCUGUUCUCCCCGCCGGUCCCGCCGCUAGGUCUCCCUGCUCACCGCCCACCAUGGCCCUGCUGCACUCAGGACGCGUCCUCUCCGGAGUGGCCGCCGCCUUCCACCCAGGCCUUGCCGCCGCAGCCUCUGCCAGAGCCAGUUCCUGGUGGGCCCAUGUAGAAAUGGGACCCCCAGAUCCCAUCCUGGGAGUCACCGAAGCCUUCAAGAGAGACACCAACAGCAAAAAGAUGAACCUGGGUGUCGGUGCAUACCGGGAUGAUAACGGAAAGCCUUACGUGCUCCCCAGUGUCCGGAAGGCAGAGGCUCAGAUUGCUGCAAAAAACCUUGACAAGGAAUACUUGCCCAUUGGGGGACUGGCUGAAUUCUGUAAGGCCUCUGCAGAGCUAGCCCUGGGAGAGAACAGCGAGGUGUUGAAGAGUGGUCGGUUUGUCACCGUGCAGACCAUUUCUGGAACUGGAGCCUUAAGGAUCGGAGCCAGUUUUCUGCAAAGAUUUUUUAAGUUCAGCCGAGACGUCUAUCUGCCCAAACCAAGCUGGGGGAAUCACACGCCCAUCUUCAGGGAUGCCGGCAUGCAGCUCCAAGGCUACCGAUACUAUGACCCUAAGACUUGCGGGUUCGACUUCACGGGUGCCCUAGAGGACAUCUCAAAAAUUCCAGAGCAAAGUGUCCUCCUCCUGCAUGCCUGUGCCCACAACCCUACAGGCGUGGACCCUCGUCCAGAGCAGUGGAAGGAAAUUGCAGCGGUGGUGAAGAAAAAGAAUCUCUUUGCAUUCUUCGACAUGGCCUACCAAGGCUUUGCCAGUGGUGAUGGUAACAAGGAUGCCUGGGCUGUGCGCUACUUCAUCGAACAGGGCAUUAAUGUUUGUCUCUGCCAAUCGUACGCCAAGAACAUGGGGUUAUAUGGUGAGCGUGUGGGAGCCUUCACUGUUAUCUGUAAAGAUGCCGAGGAAGCCAAAAGAGUGGAGUCGCAGUUGAAGAUCCUCAUCCGUCCUAUGUAUUCCAACCCUCCGGUCAAUGGGGCCCGGAUCGCCUCCACCAUCCUGACAUCCCCAGAUUUGCGAAAGCAGUGGCUGCAGGAAGUGAAAGGCAUGGCCGACCGCAUCAUUAGCAUGCGCACCCAACUGGUGUCCAACCUCAAGAAGGAGGGCUCAACACACAACUGGCAGCAUAUCACCGACCAGAUUGGCAUGUUUUGUUUCACUGGCCUGAAGCCUGAGCAGGUGGAGCGACUGACCAAGGAGUUCUCCGUCUACAUGACAAAGGACGGCCGCAUCUCUGUGGCAGGAGUCACCUCCCACAAUGUGGGCUACCUUGCCCAUGCCAUUCACCAAGUCACCAAGUAAUCCCAGGGGUGCAAACAGAGACAACCUUGCCACACCGAACAGAGACAACCUUCCUGUUGUCUUCUGCCUCUGCUGUUGUGAGAUUCCCAUGAAGAUGGGGGUGGGGGGGGUAGCAAAAGGGUUGUUUCUUCCAACCAGCAGAACACUCAGUGAUUGAGUUUGCUCAGACAAGAACAGGUCAUGAGAUGGGGCAGAGGCAUCCAUGGUUGGCAUCUGGGACUUUGUGGCUCUCAAGAAAACUCUUCCCUCCCCCCACCCUUGCCUCCAGCUUUUUUCAACGAGUUUAUGUGUACAAGAAAGUCACAGCACCAAAAAAAUAAUAAUAAUAACCAAAUACAAAAAAAAACCAGUCAGUCAUGACACUGCAAUAUUUCACAAGCUUUAACUGAGGCAUUGUAUGGUGUUGGGGUUCCUCUGUGGGUCUAGCCAAGAAAUAGCUCCUAUUAGAAACUAAGAGAGAAAGCCUAGGUCAGUCAUUAACAGUUGUCCUCAUGUUUGUCCUUAUCAACACCACAGUUCAGGAAUUGUGCUUUCCAAAAACCAAUGAGUCUGUGGCUACUGCAGCAGGGAAAAUAGUAGAUGCCAUUUCCUGUCUUGUUUAAGAGAAAAGCUUCCUUCUUGUCAUUGCCAGGUUUGUGGGUUGUUUUUUUUUUUUUUUCCUUUAAGGG